CAUAUUGCUUGCUAAUGGCAAUAUCCGCUUUCUUCUCCGAUUACUCAAUCUGGCAAAUGAACGCCAUCUCUUUCAUCAUUCUCCUCUUCAUUCUAUACUACGCUUGGAUUCUCCUUAUAAACAGAUUCUCCAAUAAUCCCCGAUCGCCGCCGCUUCCUCCGGGACCCACCGGCCUACCCAUCGUCGGCAGUCUCCUUUCCCUAGAUCCCGAGCUUCACACUUACUUCGCCGCCCUUGCCCAUACCCACGGCCCAAUCUUCUCCCUCCGUCUCGGUAGCAAGCUCGGCGUUAUCAUCUCCUCUCCCUCCACGGCGCGUGAAGUUCUCAAAGAUCAAGACAUCAUUUUUGCAAACAGGGAUGUCCCAAUUGCUGGUAAAAUCGUGACCUAUGGUGGCUCCGAUAUUGUCUGGAACCCGUAUGGAACUGAAUGGAGGAUGCUGCGGAAAGUCUGCGUCCGUGAGAUGCUCAGUGGAACAACGCUGGAUUCUGUUUAUGAUCUCCGGCGGAAGGAGAUCCGGAAGACGGUUAAUAAUUUAUGGGUUCACGGCGGAUCACCGGUGGAUGUUGGGGAGGAGAUGUUCAUGACCAUGAUGAAUGUGAUUACCAAUAUGUUGUGGGGAGGAGGAGAUGGAAAGGAGGAAGUAGGAACAGAGUUCAGACAUGUCGUGGCAGAGAUAACGGCUCUGUUGGGAAAGCCGAAUUUGUCGGAUUUCUUUCCCGGUCUGGCUAAGUUUGAUUUACAGGGCGUAGUGAAAGAUAUGAAGAUCCUGGCGCAGAAGUUCGAUAAAAUCUUUGAUUCUAUUAUAGAUGAGCGAUUAAGUGGGAAUAAUCAGAAUAAGAGCAAGGAUUUUCUUCAAGUUUUGUUGAAUUUGAAAGAAGAAGGGAAUGCAAACAUGCCUCUAACCAUGAUCCAUAUCAAAGCUCUGUUAAUGGACAUGGUCGUGGGAGGAACAGAUACGACAUCAAACUCAAUCGAAUUCGCCUUGUCUGAGAUGAUUAACAGCCCCGAAGUAAUGAAAAAAGCACAACAAGAAUUAGAAUCCGUGGUGGGGUUAGACCACAUUGUCGAGGAGUCACACAUUCACCAAUUGCCAUAUUUACAUGCGGUUAUGAAAGAGACACUACGCUUACACCCAGCCCUGCCCCUUCUAGUGCCACAUUGCCCUAGUAAAUCAUGCAUUGUGGGGGGAUACUCGAUCCCCGAGGGUUCUCGUGUGUUUGUCAAUGUUUGGGCAAUCCAUCGAGACCCUUCUAUUUGGAAGGAUCCGCUCAAGUUUGAUCCAGAAAGAUUCACAGGUUUGAAAGGGGAUUACAAUGUGACUGAGUUUAACUACUUUCCAUUUGGCUCCGGCAGGAGAAUAUGUGCCGGCAUUGGAAUGGCGGAAAGGAUGUUCUUGUUUUUGCUUGCGUCGCUUGUUCAUUCUUUCGAGUGGAAGGUUUCCGAUGGGGAGAAGCUAGACAUUGAAGAGAAGUUUGGGAUUGUGUUGAAGAAGAAGAAGCCUCUUAUGGCAAUACCAACAUCAAGACUUUCCAAACAAGUUUUGUAUGAAUAGAAGAAACUCUUAUAAGUCAAGCUUUGUAUGAAUAAAAGAAUCACUAAUAAGUAAAAUCAAUAACCAAUUUCUUUCAAUACU